UCGACGGUGAUAUUUACGAUGAUUUAAGACACGACUUCAGCCUGCUGUGUGCGACAGAGAUGGAAACCUGUCUGACAACACAGAAUCACUUCAGCAGGAUAUGGGAAAGUGUUACUAAGGUGACCAGAGAGAGAAACAUUCAGCAGUUUCUGCAGGAGUCUGUUCUCUUUCAUGAAACACCUGAUUUGCCCUUCGAGCCUGCUCCACGGGACAAGGAGUCUGCUCUGCAGGACAUGCUUCCAUCAGAAGGAGACAGCUGUCUGCAGAAGGAAGCUAAGAAAUGGGCCAGCAAAGCUGCCAAAGACUACAAGAUGAUCCUCCGCAGGCAGAGGGUGAGACCUUUUCUGCUCUGAAGCCCAGACCGUCUGCUCUCUGUUUCUGGUCCUGUUUCUGCUGGAAACUUCCCUGUCAAGCAGUGGUUUCUUCCUCCUUUAAACUGGGUCCAUGCUGCAUGCAUAAAUAAAUACUGUGUGUUCUUUGCAUGGUUGAUAACUGUUAACAAA